GCAUAACUGGGAGAGGUGACAUCCCCCAGCCAACCGCUCAUUAAUCGAGAGCGGAACAAUAAUGAAGGCCUUCGCGCUUGCUGUUCUUCCGAUUGCAUCUUCGCUUGGUCCGCGCUGGCCAUUGGACCCUCUUUCUGGCUGGGACGGACAAUGUCCCUGCGGCCACUCUCAGGCUCAACCUCGACAUCACGUCAAGUCGCAGUCCCUUAUGUACCUAUUUGGGUGGCCAGAAUAUUACAAGGGCUUUCCUGAACAGUUGGAGCUACCUAGCAGGCUCAGCUGGUACCGGGCCAACCCAUUACCGUUUGCCGAAGCUAUAUACUUCCCACUGUGGUAUCAUUUGACAUUCAAUCUCUUGACCUACGCUAUUCGCUCUGAUCAAAUUCUGCUCUCAGGGGUGUUCGCGUGAGGGCGGCAGGACAUUAAUGUAAAUCGACAACAGGAUGAGAAGGCAAAUGUUUGUUGUGCUGAUUCAUAAUUUGAGCCCAAAUCGACUUUGCUUCCAUCCAAUAAUCACUUCUCCGAGAAUCCCAGGGAGCCAUGAAGAACGACAAUCCGUGUAAUGCCAGUUUCAGAGAAGGCGUUUGUUGUAUGGACGCACCCAGCCUACCAUCUCCUACCAUACGCAUGCAGAAAUAUUUCCCUCAUGUGUGGCCAUAGCGACAGAUAAUCACAGUGGAAAGUAACCCCGGUAUAUGGUAUUGAGUUGCCCUACCAGCCUGUUAGGUAGCUC